AUGGCAAAGAGGAAAAAUGCGACGCCAAAGGUGCAGGAGGGCUUUCGCGCCGGCUCCCACCACAGCCUGAACCCGGACCGGCCGAAGGAUGCCACGCAGACGCACCUCCGCGACAAGGCCACUAUCAAGCGGCUGUUGAUGUACAAGGGCGGCAAGGCGGUGCACGACCGCCGUGGAAAGGUGGUCAAGGCGGCGCCCUUUCAGUCGCUGCUGCCCAGCGGAACGCGCGCCCGCAUCGCCCCCAACCAGAAGUGGUUCGGCAACACCCGCACCAUCACCCAGUCUUCGCUGCAGAAGUUCCAGGAUGAGCUCGGCAAGGCAGUGCGCGACCCCUACAAGGUGGUGAUGAAGCAGACGACGCUGCCGGUGACGCUGCUCAACGAGCGCGCCAAGUUCCAGCGCGUGCACAUUCUCGAGACGGAGAGCUUCAAGGACACCUUCGGGAAGAACGCCAAGCGCAAGCGGCCGAAGAUCAAGUUCGACGACCUGCAGACGUUCGCCUCGGCGGCCGACCAGAAGGCGGACGCCUACGACGCCGCCAAGGACUCCAACCUGAUCGUCGACCGCGACUACAAGGUCGAGACGAUGGAGAGCAUCAUGAAGAAGGGCCAGUCGAAGCGCAUCUGGAACGAGCUCUACAAGGUCAUCGACUCGAGCGACGUCGUCGUGCAGGUGCUGGACGUGCGCGAUCCGAUGGGCACCCGCUCGCGCCACAUUGAGACCUUCAUGCGCAAGGAGAAGCCGCACAAGCACCUCGUCUUUGUGCUCAACAAGUGCGACCUGGUGCCCACCUGGGUGACGCAGAAGUGGGUGACCCUGCUCUCCGCGGAGUACCCCACCAUGGCCUUCAAGGCGUCCAUCAAGACGCCCUUCGGCAAGGGCGCCAUGAUCAGCCUGCUGCGGCAGUUCUCGCAGCUGCACCUCGACAAGAAGCAGAUCAGCGUCGGCUUCAUCGGCUACCCCAACGUGGGCAAGUCCUCGGUGAUCAACACGCUGCGCGCGAAGAAGGUCUGCAAGGUGGCGCCGCUGGCGGGCGAGACGAAGGUCUGGCAGUACAUCACUCUGAUGAGGCGCAUCUACCUGAUCGACUGCCCCGGGGUGGUCUACCCCGCCGGCGACACCGAGACGGAGAUCGUCCUGAAGGGCGUCGUCCGCGUGGAGAACAUCAAAAGCCCCGACGACUACAUUCCCGCGGUGAUAGAGCGCGUCCGCCCGGAGUACCUGCUGAAGGCGUACAAGAUCGCCGAGUACGCCGACCACAUUGACUUUCUCACGAAGCUGGCGCAGCGCACCGGCAAGCUGCUGAAGGGCGGCGAGCCGGACAUCAACACCGUCGCGAAGAUGGUCCUCAACGACUGGCAGCGCGGCAAGCUGCCCUACUUUGUGCAGCCGCCGGAGCGGCUCGAGGCGGCGGCUGAUGAGACCUCAGAGACCAAAAAGCAGCAGACAUCAACAGCAGCAUCAGCGGCGGCAAAGCGAACGCCCAUCGCCACCAUCAAGCAGGACCUCUCAAAGGUGGACGUCGAGCUGGAGUUUGAGGGCGACGACGUGAAGACGCUGCAGCAGCAGGCCAACCCCGAGGAGCUCUACCA